GAGUAAAUAAAGCUAAUUUAAGGGUUCCAAGAAAUCAGGUGAUGUCGGCUUCCGAAGCUCCGAGCUGCAACUCCUCCGACCACCAGCCGGAACGUGCCGCCGAUGACAACCGGAAGCUUCAUGGUUCAUCAAAAAAGUUGAGAUUGAGCGACGGAAGAUGUAUAGCUUACAUAGAAAAAGGUGUUCCCAGAGAUGAGGCCAGCUACAAAGUUCUUGUGGUUCAUGGCUUCGACAGCUCCAAAGACAUGAACUUCAUGGCACCUCAAGAGUUGAUGAAGGAGCUGGGGGUGUACUUAGUCCUAUUCGAUAGAGCCGGAUAUGGAGAGAGUGACCCCAACCCCAAACGCACGCAGAGCAGAGAAUGUUUGGAUGUGGAGGAAGUAGCGGAGCUGCUAAACUUAGGACCCAAGUUUUAUCUGAUCAGCAAUUCCAUGGGAUCUUACCCCACAUGGGGCUGCCUUAAACGGAUUCCCCAGAAGCUACUAGGGGUGGCCAUGGUGGUUCCACCGGUGAACUACCAGUGGCCCUCCAUCCCCGAUGACAUCCUCACCAAGAACGAGCAGAGGAAGAAGAUGAUCUACCGGGCCAUAAUCUGGAUCGGAAAAUAUGUUCCCAGUUUGGGGCAAUGGUGGGCAACUCUAAACCCUUCAAGAAAUAACAAGAAUUAUAGCGACAGGGAUCUGGAACUUAUCAAGAAUUCACCCAACGGCCAUGAAACCCCCACUGCAGAAAAGCUGAAGGACAAAAGAGUUUUUGACAACCUAUGCUCGGAUUUCUUGGCGUUUUUCAGUAAAUGGGAAUUUGAUCCAUUGGAGAUGAGCGAUCCGUUCCCGGAGAAGAAAGGGUCGGUACAGAUAUGGCAGGGUUGCCAGGACAGGUUCAUAAGCGUGGAUUUACAGAGAUAUGUUGCAAGAAAACUACGUUGGAUUCGGUACUAUGAAGUCCCAGAAGGCGGCCACUGUCUUGUCUACGACGGCGAUGUUUGUGAAGCCAUAUUCAGGGCACUUUUGCUUGGAGAGGAUCCUCCCAAGUUUAGGCCUUACUAAUCAAAUUCUUUUUUAAAAAAAAAUAAAAAUUGUUAUGCUAUCGGGUAAUUAAUAUCAAAAAUAAUUAUUUGUGUUAAAGAUUAUUUUAUACUCUACCCCCAUAAAUUUAUGGUUUUGAAUAAAAUUAAUGUAAACCAAAGUGUACUACAAUGUAAUAGAUCAGAGUCAGUAGCAUUCAAAAAAAUGUAAACCAAGGCAGCAAAUUUUUUGGCUACUUGCUCCCUUUCACAUGGUACGAGGCUCAGGAUCUUGAUGAAUGUCUCCGCAAAUAUUUAGAAUAUGAUGUGGAAAGAUCAAUGUGACUCAAAAUUUUUUCGAAGAAUCGUGUCUAUUAGGGUGGAGCCACGCUCUCUUAGGCUUCCUGGGUCAACUCGGACUUUUUUUUGAUUAAAAAA